AUGAACAAAAAAGAUUCAGAGAAAAGCAGUUCUGCGUACCCGCAGAAAAGAACAAAUUCAUGGGCACCAACGAAAAGAAAGUAGGCAAUAGAACUCAACAUUACAACUAGAAAACGGUCCUCAUCAUUAUCAGAAUCAACACCAGCCACACAGCUCAACCAAGGUAUGGAAACCGUAAUUCUAUAAACACAAAACAGAUUCAGCAUAUUUGCUGACUGUCUUAUCGAAGACCAGGAUAUGGAGAAAAAACAUAGGGAAAUCAUAACUAAUAACACUGACUCUAUCAUCAACGCCACGCCUAAACCAAAUCUGACAUACAAAAAUUGCCGGACAACUAAACCACUACUGUUAUAUAUUCAUGGAAAAACACUCCCACAAACACAAAUACUGUAGCCAAUACCAAAUCACUACCGAGAAAACCCCAAAACACCAAACCCCCACUUAUCUAUGUGCACAAAAAAAUCAACCACUUGAAAUUCCUAGACGCUCUCAAAUACCAGAAUGCUUUCCAGGCUAAACUAACAUCUAAUAGAUUAAAAAUAACAGUCACCAAUCUUAAUGGUUACACAGAUUUUAAGGCAAACUGCCUAAAAGAUAAUAUAGAGUUCCAUAACUGCACACAGAGAAAAUCCUGA